AUGAGCAACCUCGAGAAGACAUUGUUUCAGCUCAAGUUCACAGCCAAGAUGCUGUCAAAGCAGUCCAGUAAAGCCCUCAAAGACGAGAAGACUGAGAAAGCCCGCUUGAAGAAGGCGCUCACCCAAGGAAACACUGACGGCGCGCGCAUAUACGCAGCCAACGCCAUUAGAAAGAAGAACGAAGCCCUCAACUUGCUGCGACUGGCUAGCCGAAUCGACGCAGUAGCCAGCCGUGUUGAGACGGCAGUGACAAUGAAGUCGGUGACCGGGAAUAUGACCUCUGUCGUUCGCGGAAUGGAUAGAGCCAUGGAGAGCAUGAACCUAGAGCGCAUCUCCCUCGUGAUGGACAAGUUUGAAUCUCAGUUUGCCGACCUCGACGUACAGACAUCCUAUAUGGAAGACACGAUGCAAUCGACUACAGCAGUCACUACGCCACAGGACCAAAUCGACGAGUUGAUGCGACAGACUGCGGAAGAGGCUAAUAUUGAGCUUCAACAUAAUCUUGGGGAGCACAGCGCCAAACUCCCCGAGCCGGGAAUCGGUGAAUCGAAAGUCAGAGAGGAGAGUGGUGACCUUGCUGAACGACUGCGCGCCCUCCGACCAGCUAGCUAA